UAGGUGAAAUGAAAAGAAUUCAAACGAUCUCUUGCCCGCAACUAUAACCUCCGAUUGACGUAAACUGCGCCAUUCCCUCAUGUUCAAGUUUCCUCAUCAUCUUCAAUUCUUGAUACACCUUUUCCAUCUCCCAUCACACACACUAUCCACGUGCCACUUUCUAAGCAUACUCAUCCUCUUUAAUUACUCUAUUUCUUAUUUAAACACACUCUUCAUCUUUAAUUACGACAAACAUAUCUUUCAUUUAUUUAUAUACAUAAUAUUAAUACCCUCUCUCUCUCUCUCUCUCUCUAACCACUAUUAGCCAAUACUCAUCAUCAACCACCAUGAAUGUUAGUGUUACUAAUACUAUCACUCUUUUCCUCAUAACCCAACUCCUUGUAAGGACAGAGUCAAUUAACAGAGGAGAUUUUCCACAUGGGUUUGUAUUUGGAACUGCUUCUUCAGCUUACCAGUUUGAGGGAGGUGUUGAUGAAGGAAAUAAAGGAGAUAGCAUAUGGGACACUUUCUCAAGGAUACCAGGGAGAAUUUUGGACUUCAGUAAUGCAGAUAUGGCAGUGGAUCAAUAUCACCGAUUUCAGAAUGACAUAAACUUGAUGAAGGAUUUAGGAAUGGAUUCUUACAGAUUUUCCAUAUCAUGGCCUAGAAUUUUCCCAAAUGGAACAGGGGAACCAAAUAGAGAGGGAAUAAAAUAUUACAACAACCUCAUUGACGCUUUAUUAGAAAAAGGAAUCCAGCCUUUUGUAACUCUAUAUCAUUGGGAUCUUCCACAGAUGCUAGAAGAUAAAUAUGAAGGAUGGUUAAGCCCACAAAUAAUAAAUGAUUUUGAGCAUUAUGCCUAUACAUGCUUCAAAGCUUUUGGAGACAGAGUUAAGCAUUGGAUUACCUUCAAUGAACCUCAUAACUUUGCCAUCCAUGGUUAUGAUUUAGGCAUUCAAGCACCAGGAAGAUGUUCCCUUUUGGGUCAUCUUGUAUGUAAGAAGGGAAAAUCAUCUACUGAACCAUACAUUGUUGCUCAUAACAUUCUCUUAUCUCAUGCUGCUGCUUAUAGAAGUUACCAACUACAUUUCAAGGAAAAACAAAGAGGUAAAAUAGGGAUAGCACUAGAUGCUGUUUGGUAUGAACCAAUAACUGAACUAGAUGAAGACAAAGAAGCAGCAGCUAGAGCCAUGGACUUUUCACUUGGAUGGUUCCUUGAGCCUCUUUUCUUUGGAAAAUAUCCUCUCUCAAUGCAAACUCUUGUAGCUGAGAGAUUGCCAGAGAUUACUGAUGCAACCUCAAACUUUCUUGUGGGAUCCUUGGAUUUUAUCGGCAUUAACCACUAUACCUCGGUGUAUACUCGAAACGACAGAACUCGGAUUCAUAAACUGAUUAUGCGAGAUGGUAUAGCUGAUGCUGCUGUUAUUACAACUGCAUACAGAAAAGGAGCUGCAAUUGGAGAAAGGGCAGCUUCAAGUUGGUUACAUAUUGUCCCAUGGGGAAUCAGAAAAUUGAUGAAACAUGUGAAAGUCAAAUAUGGGAACACACCAAUAAUUAUAACCGAAAAUGGAAUGGAUGAUCCAAGCAGACCCUUUAUGACCUUACAAAAGGCAUUAAAGGAUGACAAAAGGAUAAGAUACCAUAGGGACUAUCUCUCAAACCUAUCAGCUGCUAUAAGGGAAGAUGAUUGCAAUGUGAGGGGUUACUUUGUAUGGUCAUUGCUUGACAAUUGGGAGUGGAACUUGGGAUAUACAGUACGGUUUGGACUCUACUAUGUGGAUUUUAAAAACAACCUUACUAGGAUACCAAAAGCUUCUGUGCAAUGGUUCAAAAAUAUGCUCACAUUGGAAACUCAAAAAAUUAGUGAAAUUUGAAUUCUUGUCAUACAGAUAAGCUAGCAAGAAUUUCAUUUUUAUAUUCUUUCUGUAUAAAAAAAAAUUCAAUGUCAAUAAAUCAUAAAUUCACAACUAA